UCAAAAAGAAUGGAGAAAGGCAAUUACUCACUAGUGACUGAGUUCAUCCUCACCGGGCUGACAGUGCAAGCAGAGUUCCAGUUGCCCCUGUUAUUCCUGUUCCUAGGGAUUUAUGUAGUCACUGUGGUAGGGAACCUGGGCAUGAUCAUAUUAAUUAGACUCAGUUCUCACCUUCACACCCCCAUGUACUAUUUCCUGUGCUCUUUGUCCUUCAUUGAUCUCUGUCAAUCAACUGUCAUCACACCUAAAAUGCUGGUGAGCUUUUUAUCAGAGAAGAACUCCAUUUCCUACCCUGACUGCAUGACUCAAUUCUAUUUUUUUGCCUUUUUUGCAAUUUCUGAAUGUCAAAUGUUGGCUGUGAUGGCAUAUGAUCGCUAUGUUGCUAUAUGCCAUCCCCUUCAUUAUAGUCUUAUGAUGUCUUAUCAGGUGUGUUCAUGGUUAGUGAGUGGGGUAUAUGCAUUGGGCCUCAUUGGGGCUACAGUUCAUAUGAGCUGCUUGCUUAGAGUUCUCUUCUGUAAGGAAAAUACCAUAAAUCAUUAUUUCUGUGAUCUCUUUCCACUGUUGAAGCUCUCUUGUUCUAGUACUUAUAUCAAUGAAGUAGUGGCUCUGGCCUUCAGCACAUUUAAUAUCCUUUUCCCAACUUUGACCAUUAUUUUUUCUUAUGUUUUGAUCAUUGCGAGCAUUUUUAAAAUUCGAUCCACUGAAGGCAGAUCAAAAGCCUUCAGUACCUGCAGUUCCCACAUUGCAGCAGUUGGUGUCUUUUAUGGCUCCGCGGCAUUCAUGUACCUGCAGCCAUCUUCAGUCAGCUCAAUGGAUCAAGGAAAAGUGUCCUCUGUGUUUUACACUAUCAUUGUGCCCAUGCUUAAUCCCCUCAUUUACAGUCUGAGAAAUAAGGAUGUCAAAAUUGCCUUGAAGAAAGUGAUAAAAAAGAACAUUUUA